CUGGGUGGUUAUUCGAGUCGAUUCGAUCCGAUUCGAGUCGAUUCGAGUCGAUUCGAGCCGAUUCGAGCCGAUUCGAGUCGAUUCGAGCCGAUUCGAGCCGAUUCGAAUCGAUUCGAAUCGAUUCGAAUCGAUUCGAAUCGAUUCGAAUCGAUGAAAAAUUGGGGUUUUCGCCUUCACAGUUACUUCUGGGUGGUUAUUCGAGUCGAUUCGAUCCGAUUCGAGUCGAUUCGAGUCGAUUCGAGCCGAUUCGAGCCGAUUCGAGUCGAUUCGAGCCGAUUCGAGCCGAUUCGAAUCGAUUCGAAUCGAUUCGAAUCGAUUCGAAUCGAUUCGAAUCGAUGA